AUUCCAUAGUAGUUUUGACACUACUACCAAAGAAAUUAUUGAAUAAGACAAGUGAACUUCAAUUGGAUCCCAUAGAAAUUUCAGCAUUACCACCAAAAAAUUCUUUGACUAAGACAAUUAAACUAAUUGAAUUUCAAUUGGACUUCAUAGAAGUUUUAGUAUCACCACUAGAGAAAUCAUUAACCAAGAAAAAUAAGAUCAACCUAUAUAGGACCCUGAACUAUACUAAUAUAACUCACAUUUGA